CGUUGACCGCUUUUCUAUCGCUUUACCACCGAUGGUACUUUGUAAUAAAGCAGUAAAGUUAUCAUCUCGGUUAUUGUAGUUAAUUGCUAUUAGUUUGUCAGUUUUUCUCUAGCCCAGUCGCCUAUUUAUCUAACGAACCGUAGCAGAGCAGAGCAGAGCACCGGCAGGUGAAGAUGGCGAGGGGACCAUUGUUGGGGACUCUAUCCCCGGCGGCUGGCGGCCCUACACACCUUGUUUUGCUGCUGUUAUGUCCGCUAAUCUGCGGCCUCUCGGCGCGGGGACAGGAGCUGCCCACCAACGGGGUGAAUGGCUACAGCCUGCACCCACCGUAUUUUAACCUGGCAGAAGGAACCAAAGUGACGGCGACAGCGACCUGCGGAGAGGGGGACAACGGGCGGUCGAUACAUGACUUGUACUGCAAGCUGGUCGGAGGACCGGUGUCAGGAGACCCGAGUCAAACCAUACAGGUAAGAAUUUUAAAUAGGUUUAUAGUUUUUGCUUCAUUAAAAUCAAAUCAGGCAUUGGUAACGGGGCAAUACAUGUUUUAUACAACCUGUAUUAUGUAUUUACUAACUUUUUAAACUAGGCUACACCAAACAGCUUACUUUUAAAUUAUUAUUAUUAUAACAUUUAAAGAAGUAUAGGGUAUCCUGUUUUAUGCACUUUCUUUAACACGUCUCCGCAUAACUCGCAGUGAGUAACCAGUGCGGUGAGCGCUGCAUCAAGCAACAGUGGUGUUGUUGCCUAGAUAGGAGACUUUAUGAAUGAGUUAUGAAUCAGUUAUAACUUCGUUGUUAGCCUACCCCGUAGUUUCUGAAAGAAAUUAGUAGCUACACACACAUUAAAGCGGAAAUUAGUAGAAACAAUAACAAGACGAAUCCCCGCUCCUGUUUUGGUAAAAAGCUGAGGGAUGGGCCCCGGCGAAAUGUAACCACUCUCAAAUUCAUAGACAGAGCUAUGGAUGCAAGGACUGACCAUUCAUGAUAUCAACACUAUAGUUUUAACCAUGUUUUGAGGCUAUAUAGAGUUUGUUUACAUUUACUUUGUUUACAAACAUUGGAGUAAAACAAGCUUCUAUUUUGGGUUUGAUGGGGUACGACACGACAGUUCAAUCGAGUACAGGCUUAAUUAAAUGAACACAGAGGCUGAAUACAAUUCCAUAUUGCAUUAAAUAGUUUGGGGUAUGGCCUCAUCUCUGAGGAAUGUUCCUGGAAGCCAGUUGAUGAAUGAACUCCACCGCUAUAUGCAUUGGUACAAUAUGAGGAGGUGUAAUGAUGAAUGACCUCCAUCACUAUAUGCAUGAGUGUAAUUUGAUUAAGUAUGUGACAUUUUUCAAUAAAGCGCUGAGCGCCAGAAUCAAACAUUUGCUGAUGUGUUUAGAUGAAAUUCUACGUAUGUUUGUUAUUAGAACCCAACCAUGCAUGCUGCAAUGCUUCGUAUGCUUAUACCUAGAACCCAACCAUGCAUGCUGCAAUGCUUCGUAUGCUUGUAUAUAGAACACAACCACGCAUGAUAUAAUGCGAUUUGUAUGAUAUAAUGAGACGUUUGCUUUGCUUCGAACCCAGUCAUUCAUGCAGUAAUCUAAGCGAUCGGGACAGAUAACAGAUAGCGUUGAGGUGAAAGAUAACGCCUUUAUAUUACUUGGAGAAAGGAGAGUAUUAAAACCGAGCAGGGUCAAGGAGGAGGGAGGAGAGCAGCAUGAUCUGACCCCAGGGACAUGAUGUAGGAACUAUCAUGAUCUGACCCCAGGGACACGAUUUAGGAACUAUCAUGACAGUACCCCAGGGACACGAUUUAGGAACUAUCAUGAUCUGACCCCAGGGACACGAUUUAGGAACUAUCAUGAUCUGACCCCAGGGACACGAUUUAGGAACUAUCAUGAUCUGACCCCAGGGACACGAUUUAGGAACUAUCAUGACAGUACCCCAGGGACACGAUUUAGGAACUAUCAUGACAGUACCCUUGGGACAUGAUUUAGGAACUAUCAUGACAGUACCCCAGGGACACGAUUUAGGAACUAUCAUGACAGUACCCUUGGGACAUGAUUUAGGAACUAUCAUGACAGUACCCCAGGGACACGAUUUAGGAACUAUCAUGACAGUACCCUUGGGACAUGAUUUAGGAACUAUCAUGACAGUACCCCAGGGACACGAUUUAGGAACUAUCAUGACAGUACCCUUGGGACAUGAUUGAGGAACUAUCAUGACAGUACCCCAGGGACAUGAUUUAGGAACUAUCAUGAUCUGACCCCAGGGACACGAUUUAGGAACUAUCAUGAUAGUACCCUUGGGACAUGAUUUAGGAACUAUCAUGACAUUACCCUUGGGACAUGAUUUAGGAACUAUCAUGACAGUACCCCAGGGACAUGAUUUAGGAACUAUCAUGAUCUGACCCCAGGGACACGAUUUAGGAACUAUCAUGAUAGUACCCUUGGGACAUGAUUUAGGAACUAUCAUGACAGUACCCUUGGGACAUGAUUUAGGAACUAUCAUGACAGUACCCCAGGGACAUGAUUUAGGAACUAUCAUGAUCUGACCCCAGGGACACGAUUUAGGAACUAUCAUGAUAGUACCCUUGGGACAUGAUUUAGGAACUAUCAUGACAUUACCCCAGGGACAUGAUUUAGGAACUAUCCUGACAGUACCCCAGGGACAUGAUUUAGGAACUAUCAUGACAUUACCCCAGGGACAUGAUUUAGGAACUAUCAUGACAGUACCCCAGGGACACGAUUUAGGAACUAUCAUGAUCUGACCCCAGGGACACGAUUUAGGAACUAUCAUGACAGUACCCUUGGGACAUGAUUUAGGAACUAUCAUGACAGUACCCUUGGGACAUGAUUUAGGAACUAUCGUGACAGUACCCUAGGAAAACGAUUUAGAAUGUUUCAGAGUGAGUGAUUAAGGUGAAAAGACCAGAUCAGAAAAACCUAAAUCGCGUGAAGGAAUAAAAGUGAUAGGAGUUGUGAACUCGCCAUUAGAAGGAAACCAUGGAAAACCAGUAAGAAGACCUCUCGGAUACAUCAAUGCGGAGGGGCAUACAGUGCAUUCGGAAAGUAUUCAGACCCCUUGACUUUUUCCACAUUUUGUUACAUAACAGCCUUAUUCUGAAAUUGAUAAAAUUGUUUUUUUCCCCGCUCAUCACACACAAUACCCAUAAUGACAAAGCAAAAACUUUUUUUUUUUUUAAAUCUUGGCAAAUAUAUUAAAAAUAAAAAACGUAAAUAUUAAAUUUACAUAAGUAUUUAGGAGCUCCAUAUUAAUGCCCAUGGAUUUGGAAUGAGAUGCUCGACGAGCAGGUGUCCACAUACUUUUGGUCAUGUAGUGUAUGUCAAAUAAAACAUUCAGGAAAAAAAUAGUUUACAUUCUGUAACAGAUGCUUCAUACUAGCCUAUUCACAGGACUGGACUGAACUGCACUGAACUGUACUGAAUUAAACUGAACUGUACUAUACUGUGAAUUUUUGUCUGCUGCACCAGAUUAUAGAAACAUGUUGAGUUGACAGAUUAUUUGUUCGAGGUUAUUCAAUAGAAAGAUUAAAGAAUAUAGGCAAUAAGGUAACAAUGAUGUGUCAGCAACAACUGAAACACAACUUUAACCUUAACUCAAUAAGGUUGAGAGAGAGAGAGAGAGAGAGAGGAGGGAAGAGAGAAGAGAGAGAGAGAGAGAGAGAGAGAGAGAGAGAGAGAGAAGAGAGAGAGAGAGAGAGAGAGAGAGAGAAGAGAGAGAGAGAAGAGAAGAGAGAGAGAGAGAGAGAGAAGAGAGAGAAGAGAGAGAGAGAGAAGAGAGAGAGAGAGAGGAGAGAGUAGAGGAGAGAGAGAGAGAGAGAGAGAGAGAGAGAGAGAGAGAGAGAGAUGUUUUCAUUAGAAUUACAACACUAGACAAAAUAUGACAUGGGAAUGAUUUGAAGUCAAUGAGGGAAUGAUGCUGUAUAUCCCCCCUCCAUAAACUCCUAAACUCAGUGGUCUGUUGGUCCUCAGGGCCAGUACUGUGAUACCUGCACCAUGGGGGACAGUGACAGAGCCCACCCCAUUACCAAUGCCAUCGAUGGUACAGAGAGAUGGUGGCAGAGCCCUCCUCUCUCCCGCAGCACAGAGUUCAACGAGGUCAACGUUACCCUGGACCUGGGACAG